CGGGGCGUGGCGGCGCCGACGGGCCGGGCGCUGAGGCUGGCGGUUGAGCGGCGACUCCCCUUUGUGUCUGGGCUGAGGGGAAAGGGAGGGGAGCGCCGGGGACGGGGAGGCGGCGAGAGAAACCCCCCCCCUCCUUCAUUCCUCGCCCGCCCGCCCGCCCAGACGCCUCUGUUGCCACACACUUGCCCGCAGGGCGAAGCGAGGAAGGCGGCUCCACAAGGCGGGGGAGCCGGAGCGCCCUUCCGACGAGGCGCCGUGAAGGGAGGUCGGGCGGCGAGAGGAGGCUCCCCCCUUCGCAGCCGUGGGGGAGCGAGAGGGGCUCGGCUGCGAGAGGGAAAAGGGCCUCCCCGGUGGAUGCUGCUUCGUCAGGGGACUCUGAGAAGCUCUCCCCCCCCCUUCUUUUCCUGCCCCCCGUCUAGGCCGAAGUGGGUCCGCCCUCAGCAUCGCAUCGUGCCUCCCCAUUAUUUUCCGCUCCCAGACCCAACAUGGGGCGACGGCCGCUGGACAUUCCUCUCGAAAGAGGCGACGCCUGGUUAUUUUUAAAUGUGAAGUGACCCUAAGGGGUUUAUUAUUUGGGUAGGGGGGUGUUUCCUCCCUCCACGCCCCUUCCUGGGAAACCUGGGCCUUUGACACCCGCAACCGGUAUCUGCCUUUGGGAGGGGGGGGGGGGGUUUGAGGAAGCUGCUGCAAAGUGACAAUCGGUUUUCCCCCCCUCUGGAAGGGAUGCGUGUGAAACUGGAGGGCUGCUUUGGUCCUGGGAAGACGCGUGGGAAAAGCGAAGGAGGAAAGCGAAGCCUUGAAAUAUGAAGACGGACUCGCGUAAUGGAGUAAGACCUCAGGCAGCCGCGCUCGUCUGCCAUUUGCCCUUUCAGACUGGAUUGCUGCAAACCAAGAGGGUUUUUUAAAACAGGAAAAGACGCUUUGGAGACAGGAGAUUUCUUCUUGUCGGGAUCGUUACUUUUUUAUUAUUAUUAUACACCUCCCUCGCCCUGAUGCCCCCCCACCUCCCAAAUAUGACUGCCUCGUUGCAGCAGCACCUUUUGCUGGUGCUGCUCUUCGCCAGUGCCACCUUGCUGCUCGGCAUUGCGGCUGCUGCUCAGAGUGAAGAGACAACGUGCGCUUUUAGGGACCAAUAUCAAAAUGAUCAUGGAAUUAGCGAAAGUCGGAUUUCUCAAGAGAAUGGUACAGUCCUGUGUAUGAAAGGCAGCACCUGCUUUGGUCUCUGGGAGAAGACACGAGAAGGAGACAUACAUCUUGUGAAGCAAGGAUGCUGGACUCACUUAGGUGACCCCCACGACUGUCAUUUGGAAGAGUGCAUCGUAACCACCACCCCAUCUUUAGUUCAGAAUGGGACAUAUCGAUUCUGCUGCUGCAGCACCGACUUGUGCAAUGUCAACUUCACAGAGAACUUUCCACCGGAUCCCACCGAUGCGAUGCCUUUCAAUUCAUCUCAUUCAUAUCACCGAGAUGAAACAAUUGUCAUAGCUCUGGCAUCAGUAUCUGUACUGGCUGUUUUGGUGAUCGCUCUUUUCUUUGGAUACAGGAUGUUUGCAGGGGACCGAAAGCAGGGGCUGCACAGUAUGAACAUGAUGGAAGCAGCAACAUCAGAACCCUCAUUAGACCUGGACAAUCUGAAGAUGCUGGAGCUGAUUGGUCGAGGGCGAUACGGAGCAGUGUACAAAGGCUCCUUAGAUGAGCGUCCUGUGGCUGUAAAAGUCUUCUCCUUCACAAAUCGCCAGAAUUUUAUCAAUGAGAGGAACAUCUACAGGAUCCCGCUGAUGGAGCACGACAACAUUGCCCGCUUCAUUGUAGGGGAUGAGAGAAUCACUACAGAAGGGCGGAUGGAAUAUUUAUUAGUAAUGGAAUAUUAUCCCAAUGGUUCUCUGUGCAGAUAUUUGAGCCUCCAAACCAGCGACUGGGUGAGCUCUUGUCGUUUAUCACACUCCAUCACACGGGGCCUGGCCUACCUGCACACAGAGUUACCUCGCGGAGACCACUACAAGCCCGCAAUCUCCCACCGGGAUCUGAAUAGUCGCAAUGUACUGGUGAAGAACGAUGGGACGUGUGUCAUCAGCGAUUUUGGCCUGUCCAUGAAACUGACAGGAAAUCGGUUAGUCCGCCCUGGAGAGGAGGACAACGCAGCAAUCAGCGAGGUUGGUACGAUCCGCUACAUGGCCCCUGAAGUGCUAGAAGGAGCUGUGAACUUGAGGGAUUGCGAAUCGGCUCUGAAACAAGUUGACAUGUAUGCACUAGGCUUGAUCUACUGGGAGAUUUUUAUGAGAUGCACUGAUUUGUUCCCAGGGGAGGCCGUGCCAGAUUUCCAGACAGCGUUCCAAGCAGAAGUUGGAAACCAUCCCACUUUUGAAGAUAUGCAAGUCCUAGUUUCAAGAGAAAAGCAACGACCAAAAUUCCCAGAGGCCUGGAAAGAGAACAGCUUGGCUGUGAGGUCGCUGAAAGAGACAAUCGAAGACUGUUGGGAUCAGGAUGCUGAAGCUCGGCUAACAGCCCAGUGCGCUGAGGAGAGGAUGGCUGAACUCAUGUUGAUUUGGGAGAGAAACAAAUCUGUUAGCCCAACCGUGAACCCCACAUCUACAGCUAUGCAGAAUGAACGGAACCUGUCACACCACAGACGUGUGCCAAAGAUCAGACCUUAUCAAGAUUAUUCUUCUUCGUCGUACAUCGAGGACUCAGUUCAUCACCCUGACAGCAUAGUGAAGAAUAUUUCCUCCGAGCUUUCGGUGACCCCCACGCCGCUGACGCUCGGGGAGAAGAACAGAAACUCCAUUAACUACGAGAGGCAACAAGCACAAACCCGUAUCCCGAGCCCCGAGACUAGCGUCACGAGCUUGUCUACCAACACAACCACCACCAACACAACGGGCCUGACUCCAAGCACGGGCAUGACCACCAUAUCCGAAUUGCCUUACUCAGGCGAAACAAACCUCGGCGCCGCAAACGCCAUGCAGCCGCUUGGCCCCACGCCCGUUUGCCUGCAGUUGACAGAGGAAGACUUGGAGACCAACAAGCUGGAUCCAAAGGAAGUGGACAAGAACUUAAAGGAAAGCUCUGACGAGAACCUGAUGGAGCAUUCCCUGAAGCAGUUCAGUGGUCCAGAUCCACUUAGCAGCACCAGCUCCAGCUUGCUGUACCCGUUGAUAAAACUGGCAGUAGAAGCCACGGGGCAACAAGACUUCGCACAAGCUGGAAAUGGCCAAGCCUGCCUGAUUCCAGAUGUCCAGCCUGCUCAGGUCUACCCUCUUCCCAAGCAGCAGAACCUCCCAAAGAGGCCUACCAGCCUGCCCUUAAACACCAAAAACUCCACCAAGGAGCCCCGGCUGAAAUUUGGAGGGAAGCACAAAUCAAACUUGAAGCAAGUCGAAACUGGAGUGGCCAAGAUGAACACUAUCAAUGCUGCAGAACCCCACGUGGUGACCGUUACCACCAACGAAGUGGCCGGGAGGGGCCACGCCAUGAACUCUCAUGCUGUACCAACCCAGUAUGUCAACGGCACAGUGCCUUCCGGCCAAGGAACUGGCUCAGGGGCGCACCGGGCCCAGGAAAUGCUGCAGAACCAGUUCAGCGGAGAGGACAGUCGCUUGAAUAUCAACUCCAGCCCCGACGAGCAUGAGCCCUUGCUGAGACGAGAGCAGCAAGUGAGCCAUGACGAGGGCGUCCUCGAUCGCCUCGUGGAUAGGAGGGAUCGAUCCCUGGAUAAUGGCAGACCGAAUGCCAACAACAACAACAACAGCAGCAACCCGUGCCCCAUGCAAGGCGCAGCUGCCCUCGGCGACCAGAGCGUGGCACCGACAGAGCGUGGCACUGGACAGACCCACACUAGAAGAGCACAGAGGCCAAACUCGCUGGAUCUAUCGGCCACAAAUAUUUUGGACGGCUUUAGUAUGCAGUUGAGCGAGUCAUCCCUAGAUGGCAAACCCGGCUCAGGAGAGAAGAUCAAGAAACGUGUGAAAACGCCGUAUUCUCUGAAGCGGUGGCGCCCUUCUACGUGGGUCAUCUCCACCGAGCCCCUGGACUGUGAGGUCAACAACAAUGGUCGUGAUAGGGUGGCCAGUUCAAAGUCCACCACAGCUGUCUAUCUCGUAGAAGGAGGUACUGCCACCACCAUGGUGUCUAAAGAUGCAGGAGUGAACUGUCUGUGAAUUGUUGAAAAGCUGACAAAAAAAAUGACAUUUUUGCAUUCUGUUAAAUAUGCAGAAGACUUUUUUUAAAAAGAAAAACCUGCUUUCUCCCGUCAGCGCCCCUUUACGGAGGACUCGCUUUAAAUAGAUUUCAGCUAUGCAGACCAUUUUUAGCUUAUGCUUCCAUAUUUUUAAUUUUAACUUUAUUUUAUUUUUUACUUUGGUUUUGCACUUUUAUUUAGUAUUGCAGAAACUACAUCUGUCCGUUCGGACCGCGGAAUUCUAUAUAUGUGUAUCAAAUGCUGCGGUCUCAAAAUAUUUUUUUUAAAAAACGAAAACAAAAAAAUGUAUUGCUGAUAAUCAGUUUGGACCGGUUUCUAAAGGUCACUAAAUGCGUAAGCCAAUUAAUGAGGUGAGUUUGGCUGCGGUGGUGUCUGCCGUUCACGUUUUGAGUUCUGUGCAAAAGCUAGUUUGUAUGUUUCUGUAUGGCAGAGCGUGUUUACCUUUCGAACACCUUUAUUUUCACUUGUAUUACGUUAAAAUGUGCAAUAGUCUUGUAGUUUGCAGUAGCCUUUGUGUUUCCGACCCUUCUGGACAUUCUUUCCUUUUUCAAAUGAAAACUGUUUUUUAAUGAACUCCAACAGUUCGGCAGCCGCUGGUUCUCAAGUGUGAACUUUGCACAGCAUAAUCAGCUUGAAGCGGUUGCUUGUAUCUGUCUGUGUGUGCGCGCGCACGCACACACUAAGGCCACAGUUAUUGCAUGAUUCUCCCUGCCUUGAACGGACUUUAAAAAAUAAUCACGAAGAACACUUUUUUUCUCCUUUCAUCCUUCCAAAUUGGGAAAUUUUGAUUUUUCUCUGUAGUAGAUCAUGCAGGUCUGGAAAGCUCUUAAGAAAGCAUUGAAGAAAUGUAAUGAAUCAAGGGUCAGUUCAUACAACCUGAGAAGAUUUGCCCAAUAAACUUUGCCCCAAAAGCUUUGUAUCAAUAAACUUGCCUCCAAUUGGCAGGUUCACGACAUCAAAACUCUAGCAUACAGUAAGCUCUUUCACAAAAUCAAGAUCCUUGUGAUCGUUGCAACCGUUUUGCGUAUAAAAUUGUCCUAAAAUGCUUACCAAUUUUCAUUUUAUCUUUUAUGCAAUUUUCAUGGUUUAAACACAGUUUGUAUUUGUGUACAUUUUUUCCUUAACAAAACGCCUUCAGUGUAUAUUGAAAAGUACAUUUUUACCUAAUCUGGAUAUAAGUUAUCUUAAAAAAAAAAAAACAUUUACUGUGGGUAGAAUUUUUUUUAAUGUAGAAGAGCUAAAACAUGAACUCGCUGAGAUGAUAGUCACGUGAUGAGUUAAUGUGCUUCUGUUAUUUUUUUUGCUGCCUAAACUGAGUACCGGUGGGUGUCCAGAGCUAUAUGGCUUUGGGUGGCCUCUGUGCACUAUAAUUGGUUGGUCUGAGAGUGUUGUGAAAAGGACUGCCUUCCUUCAGAUCCCCCCCCCCCUUUCAUCGUGUCUUCAGAGCACUACUUCAGCCUAUCGGAAGAACAUAUCGAGAUUUUCUAGGGGAGACAUUCAGGACACAUGCACCCCUAUGUACAUAGACUCAGUUACCACACAGCUACUGAAAAUCCCACUGCCAUUGAAAUACCAUUUUGAAAAUCAAUAGACAGAAGCUAGUAAAUAUUAGCGUACCGGCCCUUGUGCUAGUGUGAGGCCCUUUGUCUUAGCUGUUGUUGAGACCUUGAAAAGAGAGACGGAAAGAGAGCGAGAGAGAACUAGGUAGUCUUGGUGAUGUGGUUCUGAAGAAGAAAUUGAGCUGUGCGUGAAGAAGAAAUUGGGCUGUGUGUUUUGUCACAGCCUGAGACAUCUGCAAAGGUUAUUCUCCUCUCCUUACCAAAAUCGGGUUGUUCCCUUCAUUCUUCUCUUGCCUACAUUUCUGUACUGUAAAAAGCCUUGUGCAUUACUCUCUGCAUUUGCAACCUUUGAUUUCUUUCAGGUCUAUUUGAGUCCUUGCGUUGGUUUAGGUGAGAAGAAACCUGGGGCCCAGCGCAGCAAAUAAGGAUAGAAUUUAGAAUCUGUCAUGCUUAUGAGAGCCAGCAUGGUCUAGUGGUUAAGAGCGGUAGACUCUAAUCUAGAGAACUGGGUUUAAUUCCUCACUCCUCCACAGGAGUGACGGAUUCUUAUCUGGUGAACUGGAUUUGUGACCCCU